AUGGAGGCAGGCAUCUUCAUAGGACUUGAAGCGCUCCUCGUCGACAGCCCCAAGUACCGUAUCUACAAGGCGAUUCCCUGGAAUGCUGACAACUGCGUUGCGGAUUUGAGCUCCCUGGGUGCGGGCGAGUACUGCAACAUCUGUCGCGAUGCCUCCAGAGGCUGUGCAGCGAUGGCAUUCAUCUCGAUCGGAUGCAGCCUGUUCAACAUCUGGACAGAUGUGCAACGGAUGCGGGCUAGGAAUGACCACAACUGCAUCAAGGCUCUUGCGAUUGUCAGCAACAUGAUAGGGGCUCUUCAAUUGCUCCUGGCAGUCUCCAUCUUCCAGCUUGCGUGCGUGGCAGAGUUCCCUCGAGAAGAUGCGCAGCAGACCUACCAGAUUGCACUCAGCAUGGGCAAGGGCGGUGCCCUCAUCGCCAGCGCAUGCUGCAUCAACGUGUUCAACAUUUUGAUGCACUGGUGCAUUCCG